CAAGCUGCUUCUCGAGGCCGUCCAUUCAUAAGUGAAGCGGUGCGCCAAAGCUCAGUGUAUUCAGUUCUCAGAUGGAGAACAAAUUGUUUGGACGUGUUUGCGGAUUGCGGGCGGUAUUCUCGAGUAAUUUUUGCCGGCGCUUGUAAAUUCGCGAUUUUUGUGAUUCUGAUCGAGUCUCAGUGUGCGUGUGUGCGUGUGUUAUGGUGUGUGUGACAAACAAAAGUUAAACAAGCUGAAAACAACAACAAUAAUUGCAGCUCCGAUAUUAAAUAGUGUUUGUGUGUGUUUGCGUGUGUUUGAGUGCGUGAGUGCGAGCGAAACACAAACGUAAAACGGAAAUGCAAAAAAGACAACAAAGGUAGCUGAAAAAGAAAUACAAAAAGAAAAUAAAAAGAGAGGGAGGAGGCAACAGGAGCCGGUGCAGCCAGAAUGAGCGAGACAGCAAGAACAUCAUGGGGCUAAUGAAAACGAAAUGUGAUUCAUUGGCUUUAUCAAUUGUGCAAAAUUCCGGCAUUGUUUAGUCCUGGGCGACAGAUAAAUUAUGACAUAAUACAACAAAGGCGAAAAACAACAAGAAACUGAAGGAGAAGCAAAGAACCAAAGAAGCGUAAACCAAACAUCGCAGUGAGAGGAGCAACGAGAAAAUGCUUUUGGAAAUCAAAUUGACUGGCAGCGCGAAGAGUUCGUUAACUUUCCAAUAAUCGCGUCAGAUAAAAGGAUAUAUAUAAUAGUUACAAUCGCGGUUGGGCCACAAAAAAGGAGCCCCAGCCGGAAAGCGGUGACAACAAACGUGGGAUUGCAAUGUGUUUGUUUUACAAUCGACGCCUCUUUGUUAUUCAACUGAUUGAGAUCCUGCUGCUCCUGCUAACCGACCACAAUGGACGACUGACACUAACCAAGGAGUCGACAACAGUUGCUGCCGCCGUCAACCAACGGAAAAACUCAACCGCACUCCUGCCGUAUCUGCAGAUCCAGAGGCUCGCCAUCACAAGACUGACCAUCAGCAAGCCCCACACCCCGUACUAUCUGCCAUGUAUACCUAUCCUAACGCCCUACAACUACGAUCAGGACAACCAGCCCAUCUACUGCAGCUGGUAUCGAAAUGACGUGGUCGUCGAGCAAACGUCCUAUCGCAAAAAUGACUUCUUCAUCUAUGAAAAUGGCACACUGCGUCUGCCCACGAAUGAGAAGGCCAGCGGCGUAUACCACUGCAAGAUCGAGUGGGAUGAGUCAGCGGUAAUAUCGGACAGAAUCACCGUCGAGUAUCCAGUGCUCAAGCGUCUUUUUCCGGGUCAGCAGCAGACGGCCAACAUCACUGCCGUGGAAAACAAGCCGCUCGUGCUGAGCUGUCCUUUCCUGAGCGUUCCACCUGCCCGUUUUAGCUGGUAUUUUGGCAACGAUUCCCUGACAAAUGACAACAGUGCGCUCACCCUGUCAAAUGGUACUUUGAUUUUGCGGCAAUUACGCCCGGAACAGGCUGGCAAAUACAAAUGCGUGGCCCAGAACGUAUUUGCUGGCAAGCCCCAUCGCCAGUUCACUUGGCAAUUGCGAGUGGAAUCCAAGGAUAACCCAUAUUAUCCUAAAAACGAGGCGGGAAUUCCGGAGACACCCGUUUCGGAGGCACAACUACUGCCGGCCUUUCAGAAUGCCACCGUUUUUGUACCCACAGGCGGAUCCGUAUUGCUGCAGUGCCACGCUGUGGCAGACUUUGUGCCAAUUGACUGGUAUCUGCAGACUCCCAACAACAAGUUGAUCCGUCUGAGCAACAAUAGUGUGGCCUAUUCCAUCACAAAUGCUAGUGUAUCCCGCCACGAAGGGCGCUACAGUUGUAUCACACUAUUGGAAUCGCAGAAUUUCCAAGUAAUUGUAACCACACCACCGAGGAUCGUCAGCCGCCUGCCCGUCGAGGUGGUGUAUAUUGGUCUCUCGAGGACACUAACUUGCCGCGCAGAGGGUCAUCCGGAACCGAGUAUCUCCUGGUAUCAUAAUGGAGUACAGCUGAACAGCUCCUAUACACGCUACAUAAACGGCAAUGAGUUGCAUGUCCACUCAUUUGAUUCCAAGGAGGAGGGCAUCUACCAGUGUGUGGCCAAGAAUGUGGCUGGUGAGGACUCGGCUACGGGUGAACUGCGAUUCAAUCGCCAGCUGGAGGAGGUCAACCCUCUACAAAAUAUCCGCUGCUAUCCACACAGCUUUCAUUCGAUCAACGUAACAUUUGAUAGCCGCACCUUAACGUCAAUGUUUGUCGUUUAUAUUGUGAGGAGUAAUCCACAUAGUUGGACCUCAUUCUCACCCAUGAAACUGAAUCAGACCUCGUACGUGGUGAUAUCCACCAGUCUGCCGGUCUAUGAGCCUUUUGCGCUGAUCACUCGGGUUCUUUUGCCCACUACAGAGGUAAGAUCAGCAAAUGCGGUUCCCCAGCAGAUGAUCCUAAGCUCGUUGAGAAGUACGCCAGUCAUUUGCUGUACCCAGGGAUUGAUGCUCCGACCGAUUGCCGUGGGCAAUGACACCUUUGUAAAGUGGUCGCAGGGUCAGUUGGACAACAAGAAGUACUUCAUCCUGCAGUUCUCCAUCAAUCACACUCAUCCACAUCCCUCCCAGCUGUUAAACGACUCUCUAUUGGGCACAGUGACUUCCGUGGAGGAAAAAGCAGAUGAAGUGCGUAGCCAUCUGACCAAAAUUCAACCACUGAAUCAAUCUGCAGCAGCCACUGUGCUGAGAAAUGUGGAGCAUGAGGAUAACGUUGUGGACGAUGUUUUGGAGCUGGAAGAGGACAUCUUUAGUCUGGUGGUGGAUGCUAGUGUUACAGGCAUGCUCCUGCAGCGUUUUACAAGAAUUAAGAUGAGAGUGCUGGUCAUCACCACAGAGAAUGAGUUCCUCGGUCAGGACUUUCGCUACGUCCAGUGGAAGAUUAUUGAAAAUGGCACUUCAGAGCAGGCGAAUAUGCCCUUUCGUCUAGUUUCCAUAGAAUCUCGGGCUCUGGCGUUUAAGUUUCUGGAUAGUCUGAAUGCGACCUGUGUGUCGGCGUGCCACAAUGUGAUACCAGUACAAAUGUCAUUUCCCAGAGUGGAAACAGAUUGUAAUGACCACAACAUUUCCAACUCCAUGCUGUGGGUCACAAAACUCAAAGCUGAUGUUCGAUACAAUCUGCGUUUUUACAACUGCAAGACGCAGAUUUUCUAUGGCGAAAUAGAUGUGAAAACUGAACAAGAUCCUCCUGGCACCAUUAGCAAUUCAAAGUUGAUUAAACAGAAUGGCCUGAAGUUAACGUGGGAGCCACCUGUAAAUCCCAAUGGUUGUAUCCACCACUAUGAUAUCCGCUGGUCCUUGGACAAUGUCACGCACGAAGCUAUCGUGAAGGAUUGCGUGUCCUGUUCUUAUAAAUUUCCAAAUGUCUCGGAGACGGACAAAAUCCAUGUGGCAGUUCGUGUGGUGGGUGAUACUGGAGCUGGAGCUCCCAUGUACUUUGACAUGAUAAAUAACAACCAUACUUGGUUGGAAAAGGAUCCCCUGUCGCACUCGGAGGUUUACAGUGGCAUUGCCAUAGGCUCAUUGCUGUCCAUUGCCUGUGUCUUUCUCUUCGGGCUGUUUAUAAUAUUUCAGCAGCGCAACUUCAAGGCACGCGCCCAAGGACCCACCCACCUGACCACACCCACGGACAUUAAUUUCGGUAAUCUGAGCAGUGCCUCGGGGAUGCCGGGAGAUAGUGCUGGCGGUCUGAGUGGCGGCACAUUGCAACAGGAUUGCCACGAGAUGCAGACACUCAUACCGCGUUCACGUUAUCACAUCGAAUUGCUGCCGGAGCACACUCUGGAAUACCAGACUAGUUCGGCAGCCGUGGCAGUCGUCCAUCUGGCCAAUGGCAAUGGGAAUGUUCAAGUGGCAAGGCGUUCAGAUCAGGAUGGAACUGCUCAAGGGGAUUUGGGCAUAGCCGGAGUGCACAACCUAUCGCAGUUGCCAUUGUGCGGCGGUGGUGGAACCUCGCCGGAGCGAAAAACCGUACAGGAUGCCAUGUUGCAGGAGGCUAAGGCAUUCUUUAUACCCUACAGGCAUACGCCACCCAAUGCAGUAGCUUUGGGAAGCUCCAAACAGUGCGGCGUGGCUGGUGGCUCCGAACUGGAGGUAAUUGUGCCGCCCAAUUCGCUGCCUUUGGUCAACACCAUGCCGGGAUUGGGUGUAACCAGUGGUGGUGGCGGCAGCGGAGGAGGUGGUGGUGGCUCCUCCAGCCGGAGAAGUGGUAGCCUGAGCAGCAGUAGUGCCAGCAGCAGCAGCAAUGGCAGCAGUAAAAAACAAUUUCACACCAACUUUGUGCGCCACUCGAAUUCCAAUGAUGGGAUUUGCCUGCUGGCCGAGGAGGAGGCGGCUGCCACAUUAACACCCACAUCAGAACGUGAAUAUGCGGCCGUGUGCCUCACCAAUGGUUUCAAUCUGCCCGCCGAUGUGGCCAAAUCGGGGGGCGGAAGUCAAUAUACCACCACUAAUAAUAACAAUAGCAACAGCACUAGCCAGAAAUCAACAACUGCCAAGGAGCGUCAGCCGCGAGGCAAUGGCAAUCCGAUCUCGUUCAGCCACAAUGCAUUUAAAGUUCCUGCCAACGGACCAUCGUCCGUUAACGUUAAUCAUUCGUCGGCGGUCAAGCAAUCUUGGCCAGCGGCGACGGUGGUCCAUCGACGGGCCCAGGUGGAUCCCAAUGGGUGAAGCAAGCAGUAUUUUUAUGAAGCUACCACAUAGAAGCAAACAAAACAAAGUAAAACAAAAGGAAAGGAAAAUUACAUAAGAGAAAAAGCCACAUUCACAGCUCGAAACAUUCCAAAAGAAUAUUGAUAUAUAUAUAUAUAUAUGGAGAUGAUGAUGAGAUCACUAUGCGUAUAUGGUGAUGUUUAGCAUUUAUAAAGAGUACAUUUUAUAAAUGUAAAUAUUUAGUAACUGAAACUAUGGAACUAUGGGAGAAAUGAUUAAUUAAGAUGAUAUUUAUACACAUGUAUAUCUACAUACACUUGUAUACAAAAACAUGUACGCUAAGUUGUAUGCUAUAGUUUUGUCGCGUUUCAACGUUUUUACCAUACUUUUGUAUUUGUUUAGUUUUUGUUUGUUUUUCUUUCGUUAAUUGAGGCUAAUUUUUACUUGUAACUUCUAUUACAUAUAAACAUAAUUUAUUGUUGCUUUCGAUGCAAAAACACACACAAAGCAAACACAUACAGAAUUACAUACAUACAUACAUAGCAAUAGACCGCGCAGCCCGCAAGUAUGCAUUACAAUAUUUGUCGCUGAUAAUUACUACGUUUAACAAUUGCUCCGUAAUUGCCGCAAAAAAUUCAAUUACACUCACAUAGUAUAAAUAUACAUAUAUACGCAAACAGAACAGCCAAAAAACCACAAACACUGCAAUAGCCCACAAUCAAGCACCCAACUAUCAAACUAUCAAACCACUCUCAACCACAAUAGUCACAAGUGUUCACAUCGAUUCCGAUUUAAAACGUAAUCUAUUCAAUAAUAUUUGUAGUUUUAUUUUAUUUAUAUAUUUGUAGACUUGUUUAAGCGAAAUGUUUAAUGUUUAAUUUCCGCAUAUUUACUGCUGCAUUUUGUUUUGUUUACACAACCGAUAUAUCAAAUGUACCUGAUUAUAUUCAUUUUGCAUUCUUGUUUUUGUGCUCUCGCUCUCUCUCUCACACACACAAACACUAUUAACACACACACACACACACAAACACUCCUCUGACAACAGAAAACAAUUCCAAUUUGUGCACACAUCCAUAUUACAUAACUCUAUAAUAAGCCACAAAAUCCAUCGUAUUGUAACAUAUAUAUUAAAUUCACCAACCGUACCUCGACAGAAUACGAAAAUGUAGCUACGCCAAAAGGAGAAAAUAAACCCAAAAUACCCGAGAGCUCCUGCUCCUUUCCACAGAUAUUAUUAUUAUUAUUUUUGAUAGGAAUAGUAGUAGGGAAAGUUGAAGUAGUAGCACCACACACACACACACACAACGAGUAUUUGUCGAGUUUGAAGAUGUAUUUUGUGAAUUGUUGUUCAGUGUGAAACGAGAUGCGAAAAUUGUUACGAGAUUCAGACACAGAAACAGAAACACAACCAUACACACACCAUACCCCCUCAAAGAAUAAAAACAAAACCUAACUAUAGAUACAUUCCACAGGCGUAUGCAAGUCACAGAUACACCAAUACACAUAAACAUAUGACACCAAUUGGAGAUACGUUUUAAAAUACAAAAAAGUAUAUAUAGAUAUAUAUAUGUAUAUUCAAUGUGAACGAAAUGUGUUUGAAAACUGUAACUGUAACUGUAUACGUAUUUAGAGUCUAAGUGCAAUACCAACAAAUAAUUAAAUAGCAAAAGAUAACCUUUAAGAUCCCUGAGGCAGAACAAAACCAACAACUAUAAACAAUAGUACCUUUCCACUCAAGCAGAUGCAACGUUCAAAGUAGACUCACAUCGAACCCAGUUAGCUGCGAAUUUCCAUACCAACAACUUAGACCAUCCUUAAAAUAAACAAUCUGAAUUGUGUUCAAGCUGAAUGAAGCCGCAGACUCUGAACUUCCGAGUCAACGAAAGGAGUUAUCAAUUUGUAUAGCCGAAUCAUAUUACAAUCUACAAAACAAAUGUGCAUGCAAGACACAAAAGCCACAAAAUGAACUUUAACCUACGAAAUGCAUUUAAAUACACACACAAACACAAAAUAUAUUCCGAAAGAACAACUCAAAAUUCCUAUACAAAAGUAAAAAAUAAAAAAACAAAUAGAAUGAUGGAAAAUCAAUUUUAAACGUUACGAAAAUUAAGAAAACAAAAAUGAACUAAAACUAUUAUAUGCAGCAAAAGGCAACAAGAAAAUUUAUGUACUAAAGUUAUAUAAUUAGGCGUAAGAAAUCCAUAUGAAUGUACGUGUUCGGAAAAGAAAAGAAAAACAUGAAAAUUGAAGGAUAAGAAAGGGGAAAAUUAAGUAAAAUAGCUGCGAUUGUGAUCGCCGUGUAAGUGGAUGUGAUAAAUGUUUAAAUUAUUUAAGCGCAAAAACAAUAAAGAGAUAAAGAAAUUAAAUAUUAGGAAGACAGGAACAGAAACAGAAACAGAAGAUAGAAAAGCGUUUUGCGACUUUUGCAACGGUUUUUGGCCAACGGAAACCACUCAAAUAACUAAGAGUCCACUAAAAUUGUAAGCAAGCGAUUAUUAUGUUCUUAUCUUUGGCAAAACUGCUGCUCCUAGCACACUCUCUACUAAGUCUACGCAUAAAGAACGUAAAAUAAAUUCAAAUUAUGAGUAUAUUUUAUAAUUUUUGUAAUUUUAAUUUGCAUUUAAGUCCACAUUUUGUAUACCUCAUUAUUAGAGUGGCAAAGAAAACUAAAUUUUGUAAACAUAUUUAGGCUUGGUUUAUUCGUUUAACAAUUAGAGCGGCAUAUUUGAACUAUCCAUAACUGAACAAACGAUACGAAAACUAAUGUAUUUUUUAUGCAAUUUAUAUGCAUUGUACAUGCAGGCGAAAUUAUUAAUUUGAAGCUAUUAAGCUGCCAGCGAUUCGUGUUAAAGAUUUCGAUGCAAGUAAAUUGGCGGUUACCAACAAACCAGGCCAGAAAAAAAAAUAAAGGACAAGCUUAAUUGGCAUGGCUAAAGAGUCUAAGAGAAAAAAUGUAAGAAAGAUCGGUGUUUGUUUAGAGAAAACAGAAGAUAUGGCAAAGAAGAAAUGAAUGCAACCUUAACUAUUGGAAAAUAUACUAAAAAUAAGUUAUGAUGAAAAUACA